UCUGUAAUCUUACUUUUACAUAAACUUAUCUUUAGUUUCUGCUCAUAUCAUCCAAGAAGAAGAACUGUAUAUGGGAAAAUUGUCAGAUUUACCCGCCAAAUGUUUAUGUUAGUUGCGGCAUAAGAUACAUUUACUUUUAGUGUUUUAGUGAUUUUAAACUUUGAAAUGAGUGAAAAACAAACAAGAUCGAAAACAAAAAUUGAACCAGAUGCUGAGAAGAAGGUUCUUAGUACGUUGCCGAAGAGGCACAUAUUCUUCAUUGAAGGAAAACAUGCGGAAUCAGGAGACAUUCAAAUUGAAAAAAUGCGGCACCCUGGCACAGGGGAAUCAUCUUUUUUCGUAUUUUCAAAAUCCACCAAUAAAGUAUAUGAAGUGCAUCAAUUCAAUGAGCCGCACAGAAGUUGGUUUAUAGACGAAACUGUUUGUUCAAAUGGAAAGUGUAAUUUACUUACACCUUUCGAUCCUAUGUUGUUCGCGCUCUUUUACUUAUACAAAAACUGUUCAGAUAAGGCUAUGCCUUUAAAUCAAAUACGAGAUGACGAUUUUCCAAAAACUACAGAAAUACUCGAGAAGUUAGCGGAUGAUAUGAUUUUAAAGAUUUCUGAUAGAAAAGGACCCGAGGAUCUCAGAGCAUUUAAGUUCAAUAAGGACAAAACGUUGGCCUGGUUAGCGCUUAAGACAGAAUUACUCAUUAAAACAUUGAAAAAUGAAAGCAUUCAAGUCAGUGAGAAUGCAAUAUCUGCAAACUACAUCAAAGAGGAGAAGGACGAGCAUUUCGAAGAGGACUACUUACGAUUUGCAAGUGGAAUAGUUGGCAGCUAUAUUCCAGAACAACUAAAAAAUGAACUGUUAGAAUACCUCAAUGUUACCGAGACUGUGACGUCAUCCAAAAGAAAAUCCCUGCAGCCCCCGAAAGAUGCAACGCAUACGAACAAGAAAGUAAAAGUCGAGGCUGACACUUCAAUCAUUUCCCCGCCUCCAGGGGUCAAGGAAAAGAAAGAAACCGCGAAGGAAAAAGCAAUGAAGAAAGCUGCCGCCGGUACAAAAAGUAUUGCUUCGUUUUUCAAGAAGUGAAAUGUUGUAGUGUUGUAGGUAGAUUAGGAACAUGUUUAUGUGAAUUUGUGUUAAUUUAUGUUUCGAUUUAAGUAACGUGCAGGAGACACCAGAAAGUGUAAUAAUAUUGAAAACAGGACUUGUCAGAAAGAUAUAAUAAAUUUGGAUAGCAAAAAUAGAAUAGAAAUGUAGGCUUUAAGUAGUCACUGAUUAAUUUAGACAUAUUCCAUAAUUUUGCUGUUAAUACUGCGAACGAUUACUCAAAUAUAAGCGAUUUAUUUAUAAUUUGUUUUAUUUCCAAUGGAGAACCACAGAAAAUCAGAAGAUGGGCAACUCAUUGCUUUGAUAGCUGAUGAGAAGACCUGCGUUGGUUUCUUACUAGCCGGCAUUGGAGAGUGUGAUAAGCAUGGUCAAAUGAACUUCUUAGCAGUGAAUGAAAGUACAAAAGAAUCGCUAAUUGAAAAUUUUUUCAAUGAUAUGUGCAACAGGAAUGAUGUUGCUAUUCUUCUUAUUGAUGAAGACAUUGCGAGAAAAAUAUCGCAAGCAAUCAAGUCUUGGCAAGAGCCUUUUCCUAUAAUUUUGGAGGUACCAUCACAAAGUCAGUUAUUCGGAGUGAAUUCGGAGGAAAUUCCAGCACAAAGUAUCAAAUAAAAUAUACAUAAUGCGCUAGGAAUAUAUACUAUGUCUAUAUUUCCAUCCUUAAACUAUUUUUAUCCGGAUACGUACCUGGUGAUAGCUAUUAAUAUAUUUUUGAACAUAA